GGAACAGAGUAUUCCGAAUUGAAUUGGCGCGAAUAGCGGACGUGUGUUUUAUUUUUUUAAAUAUUUUACUUAAUUUUUUUAGUGCAAAGAGGUUAUAUUGUGCAAUUUAAUUUUCUGGAUAUUAUUUUGUGAUUUGGGCACAUUAAAGAGGAGAAACAUUUCAACAGUGCCCAUGUGAAUAUUAUGUGAUAUUUUAAAAACGAAAUGGCGGAAAACGAAGGUCCAGUUCUGGUUAACGAUCUCCCGAUGACAUUUCAGGUCAAAUAUUUGGGACAGAGCGACGCUAGAGGUCUAUGGGGCAUCAAGCACACGAGGAAACCCGUCGACCUGAUGGUCGCUGCAGCUAAAGCUUUACCUCCUGGUCAAGUGUUACCAUUAGUAAAAUUGACGAUCACAGUUGACGGAGUACACUUGGAAACAAUAAAACAAGAUAUCAAGAAUGAGUUCGAGCACAUGGCUGUGUUCUUCAACAUUGAGUCCAUCUCGUACGGCGUCCAGGACCUGGUGUACACGAGGGUGUUCUCCAUGAUCAUAGUCAAGGACAGCGCGGACGUCAAGGGGCUGAAUCCGUUCGAAUGUCACGCAUUUGUUUGUGAAUCUAGAAACGCCGCUCGACGUCUGACAUAUUCAUUGGCGGCAGCGUUCCAAGACUACUCCCGAAGAGUGAAAGAGAUGCAAACAGCCGAAAUAGACGAAAGACCGCCAAGCUUGAAGAAACGUUUCGCAAUCGAUUUAAGAACACCAGAAGAAAUAGAAGCUGAUCUUGAAACAGAAGCAUAAACUAAACGAGAGGACAUCGUAUAAUUACCAAUAUUGUGAUCGUGGACUUAAUCUUAUUUUAAUAUUAAUUUAUUUAAUAAUUCGUAUUGUUUAAUACAGAUACAAAACAUUGUACAAAAUGAGAUGGGAGAUUGUACAAAAUUUAGUAAUAA